AUGGCCACGCUCAAGUCCCAUUUCGCUCCGAGAAAGAUCACAUUCUACAUUCUCUGGUGGGGAUUUCAUUGGGGGCUGUUCGCCAUCGGCUGGUGGAAGCAAGCAUCAGAUCCUCGGUUGGCCGGCCUGAACACCCUCACCUUCUCAGUAUGGAUGUCCCGUGGUGCCGGACUCGUCCUCUCCGUCGAUGUCAUGCUCAUCCUCCUGCCUAUGUGCAGAAACCUGAUGCGUUUCCUUCGGCCGAAGUUUAGAUGGCUCCCCCUCGACGAGACACAAUGGUUUCACCGGCAAUGUGCCUAUGCAAUGCUCGUGUUCACCUGUGUCCAUGUGCUGGCUCAUUAUGUCAACUUCUUCAACGUCGAGCGCACUCAAAUCCGUCCAGUCAGCGCGAUUCAAAUCCAUUACACUCAACCAGGCGGCAUAACAGGCCACAUCAUGCUUUUAUGCAUGCUUCUCAUGUACACCACGGCUCACCACAGAAUCCGACAGCAGUCUUUCGAGACCUUCUGGUAUACCCAUCACCUAUUCAUCCCCUUCCUCCUAGCUAUGUAUACCCACGCAGUAGGGUGUUUUGUCCGGGACACAGCCGCGCCAUUCUCUCCAUUUGCUGGGAAGCCAUUCUGGAACCACUGCAUCGGCUAUGAGGGAUGGCGCUGGGAAUUGUUUUCCGGUGGCCUCUAUCUGGGCGAACGUCUGUGGCGAGAGAUUCGUGCCAGGAGAGAAACCAAGAUCUACAAAGUCAUCCGCCAUCCAUAUGACGCGAUGGAGAUCCAAUUCCAGAAACCGAGCAUGAAAUACAAGGCAGGCCAGUGGCUAUUCAUGAACAUUCCAGCAGUCUCCAGUCAGCAGUGGCACCCAUUCACCAUCACCUCAUGCCCCUUUGACCCCUACAUCUCCGUCCAUGUCCGUCAAGUUGGUGACUGGACCAAAGCAGUCGGUGACGCACUGGGGUGCGGUCCGGCUCAAGCCAAACAAUUUGACGACCUGGACAGCAAUGGGAUCUACGAGAUUGCGCUUAACCAGGGCCAGGAAAUGCCGGCCAUCCGCAUUGACGGGCCGUAUGGCGCCCCGGCAGAAGAUGUUUUCGACAACGAGAUUGCUGUCCUGAUCGGCACUGGCAUUGGCGUGACCCCUUGGGCCUCGGUGCUCAAGCAUAUCUACAACAUCCGCGCAGGACCCAAUCCUCCUCGUCGGCUCAAGCGUGUCGAAUUCGUGUGGGUCACUCGAAGCAUUGAAUCCUUCGAGUGGUUCCAGACCCUUCUGUCUUCACUAGAAGCCCAGUCGGCACAGGCGGCCGAGUCGGUGGGUGGGCCGGAGUUCCUCCGCAUCCACACAUAUCUAACCCAGCGUGUGGACGUCAACACGGCGGCCAACAUCUACCUCAAUACCGUGGGCAACACUGUCGACCCACUCACAGAGCUCCGCACCAAGACGCAAUAUGGCCGACCGGACUUCAAAAGAUUGUUUGGCGCCAUGCGCGACGGGCUCAUGGACCAGACAUAUCUCAACGUCGGCAAGGAGGAGAGUAUCACUGCCCAAAUGAAGGCCACUGUCGGCGUGUACUUUUGCGGACCCAGCACGGCGGCACGAGAGAUCAAGGCGGCUUGCAACGGCACCAGCAAUGAGUUGGUGAAAUUCCGCUUCUGGAAAGAACAUUUCUAG